UAAGAUAGAAAGAAGUUAGAAUAUUAAAGCGAGAAGGGCUCUUGACAUAGACAAGGUCAAUGCAAGGUCCACCUCUCUUUCUAUCCAACAUUCUGAAUCCGUUUACAGACAACAUUCUGUGUCUGGCAUGCACAAAUCUUUGUCAAUUAGACCAUUCACCUUAAUCCCACCACAAAAAAAAAAACACAUGACCAUGACAAACCUCCCAAGAAAAGAAGAAUCAGAGAAAUUCUCUCUCUCUCUGGGGAGCGGCUCAUUGUUUCUUCACAAAAAUGGCCGCUGUCCUCUUGCUUAUUUCUUUAUUUGUUUUCCUCCUUCGAUCCCUUCCAACUCCUUGUGUUUCCAUUGGAGAUGAUGAGGUCCUUAUUGAAUUUAAAGAAUUGUUAUUAAAUACCUCAGCUCUUGAUUCCUCAUGGAUAAAGGGAACAAGUCCUUGUGAUAAUAAAAAGAAAUGGUUUGGUCUUCAAUGUGAUAGCAAAAAUGUUGUCCAAGGCUUACUUCUUGGUGGUGUUGGCCUCUCAGGGGAUCUUGAUGUUGAUGUAUUAGUUAGCCUUCAAGGCCUUAGAGUUGUAAAUCUUGCAAACAACUCUUUCUCAGGAGCGAUUCCUGAAUUUUUUAGGCUUGGUGCUCUCAAGUCUUUAUUCCUUGAUGGCAACCACUUUACUGGAGAGAUUCCUGGAGAUUUCUUCUCCAAAAUGGGGUCUAUCAGGAAAGUCUGGUUUGCGCAGAACAAGUUUUCAGGGAAAAUUCCUGAUUCUUUAGCCAGUUUAAAAUAUCUUACAGAACUCCACCUGGAGAAUAAUGAAUUCACAGGACCUAUUCCAUCUUUGUCACAGGGUACUCUGACAUAUAUCAGCCUGUCAAACAAUAAAUUACAAGGCUUAAUUCCAGAGAGUUUGUCUAUGUUUGGCCCGGGCCCCUUUCAAGGAAAUCCAGAUCUAUGUGGAAAACAAAUAGGGAGGGAGUGCAAGCCAGCAGCCUCUGUGGAAAAGUCUGAAGGUUCCGGCAAUACAAAAUGGAUAAUUAUAGGCUUAGUAGUUGUUUUGUUAUUGGUUGUUAUAUUCUUUAAGGCAAAGAGGAAGGAUGAUCAUUUUGAAAAGAUUGAAAAAGAGAACCUUGAUGAGACUGUGAAGAUGCACAUUCAAAGUUCAAACUACAGAAGCAUGAGCACGCGCACCUCUAUUCGCUUAUCAAGGAAAGGACGCUCAAGAAGUGGAAUCGAUAUGGGUGAUCUAGUGGUUGUAAAUGAAGAAAAAGGUAUAUUUGGGAUGCCUGAUUUGAUGAAGGCAGCAGCUGAAGUCCUUGGCAAUGGAGGAUUGGGGUCAGCUUACAAGGCAAUAUUGGGAAAUGGAGUGUCCGUCGUGGUGAAGAGGUUGAGAGAGACAAAUAAAUUUAAUAAGGAAAGUUUUGAUGCAGAGAUCAGGCGACUUGCCAAGUUAAGGAACAGGAACAUAUUGCAACCUUUAGCAUACCACUACAGGAAAGAGGAGAAGCUUGUGGUGUCGGAAUAUAUUUCCAAAGGCAGCCUGUUGUACCUAUUACAUGGUGAUCGGGGGAUAGCACAUGCUCAACUAAAUUGGCCUACUCGCCUUAAAAUCAUCCUGGGAGUUGCCAAUGGAAUGAAAUUUCUUCAUUCAGAGUUUGCAUCAUAUGAUGUACCUCAUGGGAACCUUAAGUCUAGCAACAUUCUUCUUACUGCAAAUAAUGAACCACUUCUCACAGAUUAUGCCUUUUACCCACUACUCAACAAUUCGCAAGCUGUCCAAUCUCUUUUUGUUUAUAAAUCUCCAGAAGCCAUAUUAAACCAACAAAUCACUCCAAAAAGUGAUGUCUAUUGUCUUGGGAUCAUAAUUCUUGAAAUCCUUACUGGGAAAUUCCCGUCACAAUAUCUCAGCAACCAAAACUGUGGAACGGAUGUUGCGCAAUGGGCACGGUCAGCAAUUGAAGAGAAUAGAGUAUCAGAAUUGAUUGAUCCAGAGAUAGCAACAGCCAAGGAUUCCCUUGAAAUGAUGGAGAAGUUCCUUCUUAUAGGAGCUGCAUGCACUGUGAGCGACCAUGAUAAGAGAAUCGACAUGAAGGAAGCCAUAAGGAGGAUAGAAGUGAUACAAACUUGACAUAGUGAUUGGUUAGACGACCAGGAGGUUCAAUUUAUGGUAGGGAGGAAAAAAAAAGUAGAGAAAGCUGUUUGAGUUCUCCAACUAAUUAUCAACGCAUGAGCUCUACCCAGUAGAGUCUUGAAAAGGGCAUGUUACAAAGGAAUGUCGCAUGUUCCAAAAGAAUAUCGCAUUUUCCUUUCUCUUAGAUGAAUGUUGUCUACAGUUCAUCUGUUGGCCACAAUGAUUUCCUGUAAAGGUAUAAAAUUAAGAUGGCAAAAUUUUUUAAAAAAAAAAAAGAUAUAGGAGCAUGAAAGAGCUUUCUCUAUGCGUUUUAUAUGUUAUAUGGCCCCUAAUAUGAUUUGACUUGCCUGUGUCAAAGGGGCGUGACGUGGGCAAGGAUACUUUGUGCAGAUUCAUCAACAUGAACUAAAUGUAAGUAGAAAGCUGAAAGUAGCCAUAUGAAAAAUUACACAAACUUGUAUUGUAUCAUGAAUAUUCUUGCGACCAUGUAACAUAAUACAUUUUCAAUUUUUCUCUCUA